UAUCAAAUAUCCAAAAUAUCAUGGGGAAAAAAAUCGUAAAAUAAUAUGGUUUCAGUUGCCAGUGAUGAACGGCAGAUGAUUCUUAAUUACAGAAUAUAAGAUUAUAUUACUCCUGGUGUUAACCAGCUCAUUUUUAUUCUUACAACCUGAAUCUUCCUCCUCUCUGAAACCUGCAUUUUGACAGAGGUCUGAUUCUUUUUAAAUCUAGAAAAAUAAAAUUGUCAGACCUGUAGCAGACCUGCGUACUGGGACAAACCCCACAAGGAGAAUCUAAAAUUCCCACUCAGACAGACAGCAGUGCUACUCGCUGCCUCGGCAGAUGGAGGAGAGCUCUCAGCUGGCCUAUCAAAUAUCUGCCAAAGGUCACCGGUGGAAACACCUCGGUGGCAUCAGUGUCAUAAUAACUGCAGCGGUCACGGGAAGAGACUUGGACUUCAGCCCAAGCGACAGGUGUCCUGAUCUUCUCUGAAUGUCAGUGACGCCACGACUGCAACGAGAACUUUUACACCCUUGGAAAAAAACCUGUCUGGCAUGCAUUGGGGGUGGAGAGGAACCCCGUGCCAGCCGGGGUGAUUUGUCAUCUCACUGGCGUGUUAUCAAACGUGACUGUGUGUGUGUACGAAGUCCUCUCAGACCAACGUCCCCACAAACAAUCCCAGCAGGUGUCCCCUUCCUCAAGCGCCGUGCAAGCAAGAGGGUCCGGUGGCCGAUGACCCCUCGAGCACAGCGUCAGGUUUCCGCCCGGGGGGCCCCAGGUAAUAAGACGCCGCUCGCUCGCCGUCAGACACUUGACGUGCUCGCAGAGAGAAGACGCGAGCUCCACGCGGGACUGGACCUCCGGGGUUCAAUACGACCACAUCCGCCCACAGAGGCCACAGAAACCUGCAGCUGGGAUGAAAUACCUGAUGGAAUCAUGACAUCAGCCGAGGAUGAUGAAGAGUUGGAUGAGGCGAUUGACCAAUAUGCCACCGACACCACCUGGAGCUGGACCCGUCAGACCAUGAACUACGUGGGCCAGUUGGCCGGGCAGGUGUUCGUCCAGGUCAAAGAGCUGUACCGAGGCCUCAAUCCCGCCACCCUGUCGGGCUGCAUCGACGUCAUCGUGGUGAAGCAGCCCGACGGCUCUCUGCACUGCUCUCCUUUCCACGUUCGCUUCGGCAAGAUGGGGGUCCUCCGGUCCCGAGAGAAAGUGGUGGACAUGGAGAUCAAUGGGGAGCCGGUGGAUCUACACAUGAAGCUGGGGGACAAUGGAGAAGCCUUCUUCGUGCAAGAAACCGACAAUGACAAGGAAGUGGUUCCCUCCCACCUGGCCACCUCUCCCAUCUUGUCGGACGGUCCGUCUCUGGGCUCGGCGGGAGAGACCGCCAGUGGGACGGCGACGACGAUGAUGACGAAGAAGAGGAGGAAGAGGAGAAGGAAGGUUCGGGCGGACAGCGUGAGGAGGGGGGAGAGCGGCGCCGACUCCGAGGACGACGACAUGUUCACCAUAGACAUCAGCUCAGACGAAAUGACGGGGACGGACAGGACGCGAGACCUUCCGAGAGACGAGAAGGCGCUUGGGUCUUUUCUCUCCGGCCUCCACACCCGCUCGGACGGAGACUGGAGCCCGAUUCAGAGCCCCGGGAACUCGCGGCCCACGUCUCCCAAGAGCGACUCUGAGCUGAUGACCAAGCCGUCGGAAUCGGAAGCAGAUCAGAAUCCCGCCAUGCUGUGGGCGUGGGGGGAGCUGCCCCACGCCGCCACGCCGUCCUUCCUCCCAGUGAAACCCCUCCCUCCACCAGUUUGCCCAGUAUCCAUCCCGCUGUCAGAGAGCACGCACUUCCGCGUGAUAACUGGCGAGUUGCCCUCGGAAACAUCCGCGCUCAGGCUGCUGAUGCCGGAGGCGGCGGGGACGGAGGCGGGGGAGGAGACGGCGGGGACGGAGGCGGCGGGGACGGAGGCGGAGUCGCGGGCAGCUGGCGGUGGGGCGGCGUGCGUGACGUCUUACGCGGAGGACGCCAUGUCUCGUCCCCCGGGCAAGACGGACUCUCCGUCCAAGAGACAAGACAAGAGGAGUCGCCAUCUUGGCUCUGAUGGAAUUUACCUGGACGACAUCACCGAGCUGGAGCCCGAGGUGGCCGCCCUUUAUUUCCCAAAGAGGUACGACACAGUCCGCGCGCCGCGGUUCCUCCGUCACGCCCGACGGAGCCGAGCUCACCGCCUCUCCCUCCGUAGCGACGGCGGCGCGGCGGCGAGGAGCCUCCACGGCGGCAGUCUGUCCCCGCAGUCGGCCGGCUCCGGAGGGGACAGCGGGGUGGACAGCUACUGCGAACACGCGGCCGACGGGCCGACGAUCGCCAUCUCUUUGUGCGGCGGUCUCCAUGACAACCGGGAGAUCACCAAAGAGCAGUUCAGCGAGAAGAUCAUCUCCUACCAGCAGUUUUCGGAAAGCCCCUCCGUCAUCGACGACCCCAACUUAGUCGUGAAAAUUGGCUCCAAGUACUACAACUGGAGCUCUGCGGCUCCCCUCCUGCUGGCCAUGCAGGCCUUUCAGAAACCGCUGCCAAAGGCCGCGGUGGAGAACAUCAUGAAGGAGAAGAUGCCCAAGAAAGGAGGGAGGUGGUGGUUCUCCUGGCGAGGCAGAAACAGCAGCACCAAAUCGGACUCGGUCUGUGAGCGCGGCUCCGGCGGUUAUGCCGAGCAGGACGGGGACAUGGCGAGCAGACGCAAAGAGGAGUCGUCCUCGUCCGACGAAGACCUCGGCGCAGCGCGGCAGAGCUCGCCCACCGUCCAAUCGGAGGCCGGGCUCGCUCCAGGAGGCGUGUCCUACAAGAAAACACUGCGGCUCACAUCGGAGCAGCUGACGUCUCUGCAGCUGCGCGAUGGUCCGAACGACGUCCUGUUCAGUGUGACCACCCAGUACCAGGGAACCUGCCGCUGUCAGGGCACCGUCUACCUCUGGAACUGGGACGACAAGAUCAUCAUCUCUGACAUCGACGGAACCAUCACCAGGUCCGACACGUUGGGUCACAUCCUGCCCACGCUGGGGAAAGACUGGACCCACCAGGGCAUCGCAAACCUCUACCACAAAGUCAGCCUGAACGGCUACAAGUUCCUGUACUGCUCGGCGCGAGCCAUCGGCAUGGCCGACAUGACCAGAGGUUACCUGCACUGGGUCAACGAGAGAGGCACCAUGCUCCCCAUCGGGCCCGUCCUCCUGAGCCCCAGCAGCCUCUUCUCAGCCCUGCACAGGGAGGUGAUCGAGAAGAAACCAGAGAAAUUCAAGGUGGAGUGUCUCAACGAUAUCAAGAACCUGUUCUACCCGAACACACAGCCGUUCUACGCAGCGUUUGGCAACCGGCCGACGGAUGUUUAUUCCUAUAAAGAAGUAGGCGUGCCGCUGAACAGGAUUUUCACAGUCAACCCUAAAGGCGAGCUGGUGCAGGAGCACGCCAAGACCAACAUCUCCUCUUACGUCCGUCUGGGCGAGGUGGUGGACCACGUGUUUCCUCUGAAGAUGCGAGCCUCGUCCUCAGACUUCCCUUGCUCGGACACCUACAGCCACUUCACCUACUGGAGGCAGCAGCUCCCCCGGGUGGAGCACGCGGGUACUACGCCCCCGCAGUCCCCCCGCCCCGGCAGCUGACAGCUUGUGGAUGAGGGCGUGAUGGGGAUUUUGUUUCGUUACUGUGAAAUAAGACGGAGCAUUUUGAGUGCACAGCAGAAAGCAAACUAUAAGUGGGUUCAUCUGCAGUCAAUAUUUAUGACGCACAAGAAGGAUGCAAGAGCACUUUUAUGAAAAGAUUGCCUUUUGAAUAUCCGCGUGUAUAAGAUAAAUACUAUCACUUAUUCAGGCAGCUUAGAACAUGUAUUAUUUUUGAGUGCGUGUUGACAUUAUUUCAGUAGCUAGACUUAAAAGCUGUAUAUGCAGUCAGAUGCGUACUGUAUUCCUCAAACGCUCUAUUAGUGCAAUAUGUGUUUGGAAUGUAUUUACUCACGUUAGACUUGUUUAGUGAAGACUGUUCGUUCCUAUAUUAUUAUAUAUAUAUAUAUUUAUUAUAU